CUGGAGACGAUCAGCUGCAGAUAGAUGCUACAGAGUGCCACAGUUGAGAAGUUUCCAGCAAGAGAGGGUGAAGAGAAAGAAACGCUGCACUGCUGGAACGCAUAAGAACAUCUGCUUUCUCCUCUUCCUGUUUAUAGUGAGGUCGCUGCCAAAGGGGAAAGGUCCAGGACACUACUCAAAAGAGGAGCCACACCUCUGUAAAAAAAUCUGCAUCCUUCCUCCUCUCCUCCUGCUCUCCGUCCUGUCUGAGACACCACCAUGGACCGCUCAGUGAAGGAGCUGUUCCUCAACUUCAUGAUCGUCUUAAUCACCGUGCUGCUGAUGUGGCUGCUGGUGAAAACUUACCAGGACUGAACCGAGGAGCAACGAGAAAGAGGAGAUGAACGAGAGGCGGAGGAGGUGGAGGGAGCCCAGCAUGGUUACUGCUGAUUGAUUCUUGUGCAGGCAGUGUUUACAUCUUUUCUUUUAGCCUACAUUCACUGGUCUGGUCCAGAGCUCUAGUAUUCCAAGUGAGGUCAAAAACCUGUGUUUGCCACAGCCAGGUGAGCACAAUGUCGAUGACAAACGAGUCUGGGAUCUGUAUUUGUGUUUUGAGAUGUUUUUUAAAUGAGGCCCCGGAAUUCUGGCGAGAGCCAAGGGGGAACAGUGAAGAUGGGAGGGCGAAUAAAUGAAAUUAACAGGGAUUUGAACCUCUUUUUCACUGUGGAAACCUUUAAAGAAAACAUGUAAUGUCACUUUAAACAGUAGUAAUUACAUUAGCCCAUGUCACUGUGUCAUUCAUGUGACCAUUGAUACACUGAACCAUGCUGUUGUGUCCAUUGUUCUGUUUUUACCAAGUGAUGAAUGUGAUAAAGUGCGAAUAUAAGAAGACAUCAACACACAUAAUGAGGCGUUGUCUUUAUGUUGACUUCUUGCCAUCAAGCAAUCUUUCAUUUGUUUGAUUCUUUUUCUGUUUCAGUACAUAAACACAUUAUGCAUUCA